AUGGCGAGCGCAGAGUUGGCGCUCAAAAUCGCAUUCUAUGCGUAUCCUUGUCUCCUGUUUGUGGCACUGCUAGGAGCCCAAUUCGUUCAAUACUUUCGCAAUCGAAACCGCGAAACGCGUCACCUCGCGCUUCGAGGCGAGGCCACCAAGCAUGACAUCGAAGGCCUGAAGCGAUCACACGCGCGUGUCAUCUGGCUCCUUCAACUGAUUCUUGGCUUACUACUUCUAUCAAGCAUUAUUCUUGUCGUGCGAGAAGCGGUCGCUACCCGACAAAAUUUUCAAGGCAGGAUUGACUUCGGCUUCAGCGCGUAUUUGGCUUCCCAUGUUGGAGUCUUACUUUACUUCUUGUCCGGUCUUCUGCCUGAUCCGGAGGGGCCUUGGUCUCCCGGCAGCCCACACAGGCUUGCAUGGGUAGUGGGUGCACUGUCAGAGGCUGUAAUCACCGCUACCCUCGCCGCUGGCCAAGACUCACUGCGAGUAUCCAAAGGCUUCGUUAACAGUAUUGAGGGUCUCAGCUUGACUAGGAUUGCGAUUCUUGUACUCAUGACUGCAACCCUGUGUCUUAGGGACUACAGGAUUUAUCCCUUGCAUGUGGCGUCGGCCGCCGAUGAGCGGCAGUCUCUCCUGGCAAAUGGCAAUGACAAUGGCUACGGCAGUGUCCCAAACACGCCAUCAAGGUCAGCCAAACGGACCCAGGUGUCAGGAACUGGCUGGCUUGACUACUUUGCGGGCUUCAAAGUUCUGUUCCCGUAUCUAUGGCCCAAAGACUCGCCAACGUAUCAAUUAAUUGUAGUCUUCUGCAUUCUCCUCCUACUUUGUCAACGCACUAUCAACGUCCUAGCUCCACUUCAGCUUGGAGUCCUGGUGGACUCACUGGGAAAGGGUCGCCUGCCGUAUAAGGAGAUCGUACUUUAUGUCGUCUACCGCGCCCUGCAGGGAAAUCAAGGUGCCAUUGGCGCAGCUCGCUCCGUUCUUUGGAUCCCUGUGUCUCAAUCCCUCUUCCGCCGGUUAUCUACCGCUGCCUUUGAACACGUUCUAGGCCUUUCGCUGGAAUUUCAUCUGAAUAAGAAGAUCGGCGAGGUAACGAGUGCGCUAAGCAGGGGAGCCGCGAUCAAUACUUUCCUCGAAAGCUUCUGCUUCCAGGUAUUUCCGAUGGUGUUUGACAUCUUCGUUGCUGGCGUCAUCUUUUUCAUCAAGUACGACGCUUUUUACACCAUUAUCGUCUUCUUCAUCAUGUGGUCCUACAUCUUCUUGACCAUCUACGUGGCCAAGUACCGCGGCCGUCAGAGACGCGACAUGACGACAAAGACGCGUGAGAUGGAAGCUGUCAAGACGGAUGCCAUCCUUGCGUACGAGACGGUGCAGCACAAUUGUGCAGUGUCUCGGGAGACGCAAAGAUUCAGAGAACAUGUUGUCGUCUUCCAGCGAGCAGAGCGCUUGGUUCAGUGGUCUCUUAAUGGGCUAAAUCUCACACAAAGCUCAAUUUUCACACUGGGAACGGCCCUUCUCGUCGGCGUCUCUGCUUACAAAAUCUCCAUUGGCGAACAGUCUGUCGGCGACUUUGUCAGCCUCAUCAAUUACUUUGUUCAACUUCAGGGUCCCCUCAACUUCUUUGGAACCUACUACAACAUGUUGCAGAAUAAUCUCAUCGAAGCUGAGAGGCUCCUCGACUUGUUUCAGGAAACGCCGGGGGUUAUUGAGAAGAAAGAUGCUGUCACGCUGCCUCAACCUCGCGGUGCAAUUUCCUUUAAUGAAGUAGGUUUUUCGUAUCAAAGCAAGAAAGGUGAGCCUGUAUUGCAAGGCAUCAGCUUUACUGUGGCUCCAGGAACCAAAACCGCUAUUGUGGGGGAAUCUGGUAGUGGCAAAUCAACUUGCCUGCGGCUUCUCUAUCGCUUCUAUGACGUAUCGAGUGGCUCCAUCACCGUUGAUGGACACGACAUCAAGGACCUCAAGCUUGACAGCCUUCGCUGGAACAUCGGCGUUGUCCCACAAGACACUGUUUUGUUCAAUGCUAGCAUAAUGUACAACCUCCUCUAUGCUAAGUCUGAAGCCACAGAGGCCGAUGUGUACGCGGCGUGCAGAGCGGCCAACAUCCACGACCGAAUUCUCGCCUUCCCUGAUGGAUACGACACCAAGGUCGGGGAGCGCGGGCUGAAGCUCUCUGGGGGAGAACGCCAGCGCGUUGCCAUUGCGAGAGCUAUACUUAAGGACGCCCGCAUUUUGCUGUUGGAUGAGGCAACAGCUUCCCUUGACUCACAUACCGAGAGACAGAUUCAAGAUGCUCUGGAAAAAGUCACAUCAGGUCGGACAACCAUAACAAUUGCACACCGUCUGUCUACCAUCACGACAUCAGACCAGAUCAUUGUGCUUCAUCAAGGGAAAAUCGCCGAACGCGGCACUCACGACGACUUACUUGCGUUGAGAGGAAAGUAUUAUGCCAUGUGGGAGAAGCAGACCAUAAGCGAAAAGGUAGAGAAAGACAAAAGUGUUACCGAACGUGCAUGA